GUGGAGCCCCUUUGCCUAUCUUGGUUCUAGGCCUUUAUGGAAGAGUGUUUGAGAGGGAUCUUCCAUGCUUAGGGCAGGGCCCUGGGUAACUACAGUGAUCCUCAUUCACUGCCAUCCUUUCAGGAUUAGCUUGGCAAAGAGAGGGGGGGGAAAGAGAGAGCCCAGCCCAUAGUAUCUGUUUAGAAGAUGUGUCAUGACUUUGCUGAAACAGCCAACUUAAGAAGACUUAAAAAGAAAUGGAUGAGUGCACACGUUUUGCAUACUCACUCUGGGAGUUGCAGUCAUCUUCUGUGUGGGUGCACAGAACCCGGUUGGGCUUCUGGAGAAAAGUCAGAAAAAUGUGAGGACCCUCCUAAUACUGAAACCUCCUCCACACCCUCCCUCCCACUCCGUGUUUAUCUCACAAGCCUGUCCAGUAAUUUGGCAAACACAGCUGGAGUGAUCAUACCAGGACUGGCUGCCUGAGUGGACUUCUACUCCAGCAGCCGCUGGACUUCAGCAUGACUGUGUCUCAGAUACUGAGCUCUGUGGCCGUUUUGUUUCUCUGCGUCUCCAGAGCCAGCUCCCUGGAUACCUUUAUUGCAGCUGUUUAUGAGCACGCAGUUAUACUGCCUAAUGCCACCCCCGUGCCCGUGUCUCCUGAAGAGGCCUUGGCAGUAAUGAACCGGAAUUUGGAUCUUCUGGAGGGAGCCGUGACGUCAGCAUCAAAGCAGGGUGCACAUAUCAUUGUGACCCCAGAAGAUGGCAUUUACGGUUUUAACUUCACCAGGGAAUCUAUCUACCCAUACUUGGAGGAUAUCCCAGACCCUCAAGUGAACUGGAUCCCUUGUGAUAAUCCUGACAGAUUUGGCCGUACCCCAGUGCAACAAAGACUCAGCUGUCUGGCCAAGGACAACUCCAUCUACGUUGUGGCAAAUAUCGGGGACAAGAAGUCAUGCAAUGCCAGUGACCCUCAGUGUCCCCCUGACGGUCGUUACCAAUACAAUACUGAUGUGGUGUUUGAUUCUAAGGGAAAACUGGUGGCACGCUACCAUAAGCAAAACCUUUUCUUGAAUGAAGAUCAAUUCAAUGCACCCAAGGAACCCGAGGUCGUGACUUUCAACACCACCUUUGGAAAGUUUGGCAUUUUCACGUGCUUUGAUAUUCUCUUCCAUGAUCCUGCUGUGACUCUGGUGAGAGAUUCCCGUGUGGACACCAUACUCUUCCCAACAGCUUGGAUGAAUGUUUUGCCACAUUUGUCAGCUAUUGAAUUCCACUCAGCUUGGGCAAUGGGCAUGAAAGUCAACUUCCUAGCAUCCAAUCUACAUUACCCCUUGAAGAAAAUGACAGGGAGUGGCAUCUAUGCACCUGAUUCUCCACGAGCGUUUCACUAUGAUAUGAAGACAGAGAAGGGCAAACUCCUCCUUGCACAACUGGACUCCCACCCACACCCCAGACCAGUGGUGAAUUGGACUUCCUAUGCCAGUGGUGUGAAAGCCCACUCAAUGGGAAACCAGGAAUUUACAGGCAUCAUUUUUUUUGAUGAAUUCAGCUUCUUGGAGCUCAAAGGAAUUGGAGGAAAUUACACAGUUUGCCAGAAAGAUCUCUGUUGUCAUCUAAGUUACAAGAUGUCUGAGAAAAGAUCAGAUGAAGUUUAUGCCCUGGGGGCAUUUGAUGGACUACACACUGUCGAAGGGACCUAUUACUUACAGAUUUGUACUCUGCUGAAGUGUAGAACAACAGACUUAGACACUUGUGGUGACUCAGUUGAGACUGCUUCCACCAGGUUUGAAAUGUUCUCCCUCAGUGGCACAUUCGGAACCCAGUAUGUCUUUCCUGAGGUGCUGCUGAGUGAAAUUCAGCUUGCACCCGGAGAAUUUCAGGUAUCAAGUGACGGACGCUUGUUCAGCCUGAAGCCAACAUCUGGACCUGUUCUGACGGUGACUCUCUUUGGAAGGUUAUAUGAGAAGGAUAGUGCGCCAAAUGCUUUACCAGACCUCACCACACAAGUGCUAAGGGUAAUGUUCAUAGUUAUAAUACCUAUUGUGUACUCAUUAGAUUGGUAGAAUAUUUACACUUUCUAUCUUUACUUUGGAUGAUUUAAAAAAUAAUGAAUAUGAAAAGAAGAAUGGAUCUGGGAUUUUGAUAAUAGUGCUCAUGAUCAUUCAUAUCAAUGAAUUGCUAACACAUUUUUUCUCUUGUUUAGAAACACACACACGCACACACACACACACACACACACACCAGACGAUAUAAAGUAGAUAAAGUGACAAAAUUUUGAAAAAGAGCAACAAUUAUACCCAUCUGUUAGGUUUUUUUUUUUUUUUUAAGUGAGAAUGAAAUAAGUCACUAGAGUUAAAGUGCUUAGACAACUUCCCAGCUCAUGGUAAGUAUUGUAUAUACGUUAACUUUUACAGUGAUAUGGGACUCUCACAGGAAAACCAAUUGUGAUGUAUUUAUUGCUAAAAUCCUAUCAUCCCUGAUUGUUCAAAGUGCAUGUAUUUUCUAACGGUUCAGCCACUCUGUAUAUUUUGAUUAAAAAGUCAGUAAACUCAAAAGCCAAUUGGGUGUGGCUUGAUGGCUAGCACUAAUGUUUCCCAGAGAGCAGCUGAGCUUACAUCUAGAAAUCUACUCAAGAGCCUGAAGACUUUUUAUGUGCUUUUCAGUGGUGAUUGACUGCCUAUUUAGAGCUUUGCCUGUCUUGUCAACCUGUAAGCAAAUUAAUAGGGUGACUAAAGUAGACGUUUAUCAAAUCUGGCUUCUUAAUGGCCUGUGAGCUAAGAAAGGUUUUUAGGUUUAUGAAGAUUUGAAAAAGAUAAUUAAAAGAAGACUAGUAUUUUGUGACACAUGAAAAUCAUUUGGAAUUCAAAUUUCAGUCUCCAUACCUAAAGUGUUAUUGAAGAAAGCCAUGUUCAUUUGUUCAUUAGUGUUGAUGGUGUUUUUCAUGCUGCAGUUGUGGAAUUGAGUAGCUGUGAUGGAGACUGUAGAGACUAAAUGGCCAAAGAAGCUGAAAAUAUUUACUACCUUUACAGAGAAAUAUUGCCAUCUCCUGCUCUAAAGUAUUAAAGAACAAUGCAUCUUAGUAUUGAAAACAAGUAAGGGCAAAUUAUCCUUGAGUGUCUUUCUUAUUCUUCCACUCAAAGAGAAAUAAAAUAUUUUCAUUUGCUUUCUGUUAUAUUAACAUCACAAGAAGAUUACCUUGAUUAACUUAUGACCAAAUAUGUCUAAUAGGCUAUUACCCCAAACAAGUGAAUAUAAUUUUAUAAACAUGAUUAAUAUUUAAUCAUUCCAAGAUACCACAUCAUAGUCUUGUUGCAUUUGGUAUUUACUGACAUUUCUGAAAGAAAUAACAUUUUUUAUUUUAUUUUUAAUUUAAAAAUUUUAAUGAAAGUAUAAUUGCUUUACAAUGUUGUGUUAGUUUCUAGUUUCUAGUUUUUAAAUUUUCCUGGAGAUCAUUUAAGAACUGCUCAUAUUAAUAUACUAUCUGAUAUUUUUUCCUGUGACAAAUUUGCUACAUUGUCUUAAAAUGAUUUUUUUUUUUUAAUUAAACAUUGCAGCAGUGAAUUUACUCUAAAAAAUGGCAUUUACUACAUUCAUACCCAGCUCUGGUUAUUUUCACUCUGGAUUUCUUUUAUGCAUAUAGAUUUUUUAAUGAUAGUUUUGAUGUGCUUUUUAACUGUAAUUUUUAUUUCUUCUGCUUAACGUAAUUGUGAUGCUCACUUG